UUCCACAUGCCCUACAUGGGGUUCGUGGAGGACAUCUACGUGCAUUCGGACGAGCCGAGGGGCCUGAUGAGGCUGUCGUACUAUUCAGGUGCCGACGUGUUCCUGAUCAACACGACGGGACGGUCGUACGAGCUCGUGCCCGUGGCGGAGCGCGAGUCCUGCCUGGUGACCCAGGACGUGCGUCACGUCGAGCUCGUGGUCCCCGACCUGGACCUCUUCGUGAAGAAGGGCACCCACCGGGAGGUGGCCCUGCUGGACGCCAAUGGAGUCGAGUCCACGGGCUUCGAGUUCACUCUGAACCUCAGCAGCGUGACCCUCUCCGACGACGGGCAGUGGGAUCACUACCAGCCUGUCAGCGGCUUCGAGGGCGUGUACAAGCUCUUCGUGAACGCGAGCGCAGGGGGCGCGCCGCUGAACGUGAGCUUCAUCGGCCACAACGCCUUCUUCGUGCAGUCUCACGCCGACCACUACCAGAUAAUCUACAAGCACUUCCUUCUCCGACCAGAAGGCAUCGACGAGCUCAACUUCAUGCCGCCGCAG